CUUUGUCACAGCCAUUGAAAUUUUCACGGCAACACUUUUCGAAGUGGCUUCAAACUUUCAUCAAUUUUCUGUAAUAUGCCUAAUGAGCCCAAACAAGAUGGACAUGGUUUAGAACAGCAGCUAGCUGGUCUAGACUUGAACCAAGCCCCAGCAGGGGGAAACAGGGGUGGUUACCAGGGGAAGUAUGUCCCCCCACACUUGAGAGGACGGGGAGGUGGCCCCGGCCAAGAUUUUAGCAACCAGCGGGGUGGCGGAAGAGAUGGUCAGCGUGGUGGCGGCUUUGGGAACUAUGGGGGAGGCGGCUUUAAUAACUAUGGCAACCAGCCCUUCGGAGGACAGCCAAACCAAGGCCCAAUGGAUGGGGGCCGUGGCGGCGGUCGCGGGGGAGGAAGCUUUAACAAUUUUAGCGGUGGCGGCAGAGGGGGAUACCAGAAUAGAGGGGGUCGUGGAGGCCGAGGUGGAUACCAAAAUGACAGAGGGGGUCAGGGCGGAGGUCGCUGGAGCCGGGAGGGCAGUGAGGACCCCUAUAACAGUGGGGGAGGAAGACGCAGCGGCGGGGGUGACAGGGACAACAAUUGGGGAGGCAGUGGGGGUAGAGACAACCAAAGAUGGGGGAGUGGACCCCCACCCCAGCCUACUAACACAAGGUGGGACAACAGUGACAGCCAAGGGACAAGUGGCUGGGGAGGAAGUGGUGGUGGUGGUGGUAGUAAUUGGGGAAAUGACAGGCACCGCGAGUUUCAGCAAAACAGGAACCAGAAUACCAACUGGAACUCCACGUUGCCCGUGGACAGAUGGGCCAGUAAUGGAGCACCACAGAACUCAAGAUGGCAAGAACCCGAAGAUGAUAAACUCGAUUGGGAUAAACCCUUACCCAGAAAUGAACGACAGGAAAACGAGCUUUAUGACUCUAACCCAACUGGAAUCAAUUUCGACCGCUACAAUGACAUUCCAGUAGAGGCGACCGGUGAAAAUGUACCAAAAUGCAUCGAGGAGUUCAGUGAAACUGAGCUUGGUGAGAUCAUCAAGAACAACAUUGCUCUGUGCCACUAUGAUAGACCCACACCCGUACAGAAGUAUGCCAUCCCAUGUGUGAAUGGUGGCAGAGAUCUGAUGGCGUGUGCCCAGACUGGAUCGGGUAAAACUGCCGCGUUUUUGAUCCCCACUCUCAAUCGCGUCUACAAGGAGGGACCCCCAGACUUCAUGAAGGACCAACCCCCAAGCUCAGGGGGACGUUAUAACAGGCGUAAGCAGUACCCACUGGCUUUGAUCCUGGCACCUACUCGAGAGUUGGCAUCACAGAUUUACGAUGAGGCUAGAAAGUUCGCCUACCGCUCACAUGUUCGACCUUGUGUAGUGUAUGGAGGUGCCGAUGUUGGGGGUCAAAUGCGUGACCUUGACAGAGGCUGCCAUCUAUUGGUUGCCACACCUGGACGUCUGGUUGAUAUGAUGGAACGUGGAAAAAUCAGCGUUGAACAUACAAGGUUCCUCAUCUUGGAUGAGGCAGAUCGUAUGUUGGACAUGGGUUUCGAGCCACAGAUCAGACGCAUUGUUGAGCAAGAUAACAUGCCUGGACCUGGCAAACGCCAAACACUCAUGUUCAGCGCUACCUUCCCUAAGGAAAUACAGAUGUUGGCUCGUGACUUCCUCCAAGAAUAUAUCUUCUUAGCUGUAGGACGUGUUGGAAGCACCAGUGAGAAUAUCACGCAAAAAGUUGUGUGGGUCGAGGAAAUUGAUAAACGAUCUUUCCUGUUGGAUCUCCUUAAUGCUGCAGGUCCUGACUCAUUGACAUUGACAUUCGUUGAGACAAAGAAGGGUGCAGAUUCUUUGGAAGAGUUCUUGUAUGGUCAGGGUUACCCGGCAACCAGUAUCCAUGGUGAUAGAUCCCAACGUGAGAGAGAGGCUGCCCUGGAUGCGUUCAGACAUGGCAAGAGCCCCAUUCUCGUUGCAACAGCUGUUGCAGCAAGAGGUCUUGAUAUUCCCAAUGUAAAACAUGUCAUUAACUUUGAUCUGCCUGGAGAUAUUGAGGAAUACGUGCAUAGGAUUGGUCGUACUGGACGUGUGGGAAAUCUUGGUUUGGCGACAUCUUUCUUCAACAUCAAGAACAAGAACCUGUUACGUGACUUGAUGGACCUUCUGGUGGAAGCUCACCAGGAGGUACCCUCUUGGUUGGAGUCUAUGGCGUAUGAAGCAAGACACGCUGGUCCUUCAAGAAGAGGUGGAGGUAAACGAUUCGGACCUGGUUUUGGCAGUAGAGAUUACCGUCAAACAGGAGGCCGCGGAGGUGGUUCUGGAGGUAGCAGUGGAGGCAGUAACUACAAUGCCCCCACCCCCCAGACCAAUGCUGCCGUGUUCAACCCCAUGGCCAUGCAAUACCAAUUUGCUAACGCCAGUGGGUAUGGAGGAAGUUAUGCGGCACCACCGCAACCCGUACAGCAAAAUCCAAAUGAUUGGUGGGGUAAUUAG